CCCUUCAUCAUUCGCUUCCGACGGAGGACUCCCAAAAGUGCUGCUCUGCUCUCACUCGAAAGAGAGAAAGAAAGUGGGAGAGAGAGAGCAGGAUGGCGGGUGGAGGGUUUGCCGUCGAUGGCGGCAACUUCGACGGCCUUGGCGGCAGGAUAACGCUGUCGGUGGUGAUCACCUGCUUCGUGGCCGCAACGAGCGGGCUCAUCUUCGGGUACGACAUCGGGAUUUCGGGGGGUGUCACUACAAUGGCUCCCUUCUUGAAGAAAUUCUUCCCAUCGGUACUAAGGAAGGCCGCCGAGGCCAAAACGAAUGUGUACUGCAUUUAUGAUAGCCAAGUCCUAACGUCAUUCACGUCUUCACUCUACAUCGCGGGGUUGGUUUCCUCCCUCUUGGCAAGCCGCCUCACUGCAGCGUUUGGUCGGAGAAACAUAAUGGUUCUCGGUGGCUGCACCUUCCUUGCUGGGGCCGCCAUCAACGGCGGAGCUGCCAACAUAGCCAUGCUCAUCGUCGGGCGUAUCUUGCUUGGAGUGGGUGUUGGCUUCACUAACCAGGCAGCUCCAGUCUACCUCUCCGAGAUGGCCCCGCCGAAAUGGCGCGGCGCCUUCAACACCGGCUUUCAAUUCUUCUUAGGCACCGGGGUGGUCUUCGCCAACUGUUUAAACUACGGCACUGCGAAGAUCAACUGGGGGUGGCGCCUCUCCCUCGGCCUCGCCGCGGCCCCGGCCGCCAUCAUGACCAUUGGCGCCCUCCUCAUCUCUGACACUCCUGCAAGCCUCGUCGAGCGUGGCAGGCUCACUCAGGCAAAGCAAGCGCUCCUCAGGGUGCGGGGCCAAGACACCAACAUCGAGCCUGAGCUCGCGGAGCUCAUCAGGUCCAGCGAGAUAGCAAGGGCCGCCAAGGAAGAGCCCUUCUUAACGAUCUUCGAGAGGCAGUACAGGCCGCACCUCGUGAUGUCGAUAGCUAUCCCAUUAUUUAUGCAACUUACAGGGAUCAACAUCAUUGCAUUCUAUGCACCUGUUUUGUUUCAGUCUGUGGGAUUUGGGAGCAGCUCCGCUCUGAUAGCGGCUAUAAUACUUGGAGUGGUGAACUUGGGAUCGAUUCUGGUGUCUACGUUUGUUGUGGAUCGUCGUGGGAGGAGGUUUUUGUUAAUUGUGGGUGGAGUGCAGAUGUUCCUGUGUCAGGUUGGCGUGGCAUGUGUCUUGGCUGCGACCGCGGGCACUUCUGGCACAGCGCACGUUAGCAAGAACUACGCCAUACUAGUGCUGGUGCUGAUGUGCAUCUACGCGGCCGGAUUCGGUUGGUCGUGGGGUCCCCUAAGCUGGCUCAUUCCGAGUGAGAUAUUUCCCAUGAAGAUUCGUCCCACGGGUCAAAGCAUUAGCGUGGCCGUGGGCUUCGCAGGCGCAUUCGUGCUGUCGCAGACAUUCCUGACCAUGUUGUGCCACUUCAAGUACGGCACUUUCCUAUUCUACGCCUCUUGGAUCGCCGCGAUGACGAUCUUUGUGGUGCUCUUCUUGCCGGAGACGAAGGGGGUUCCACUGGAAUCAAUGCAUGUGGUGUGGGAGAGGCAUUGGUAUUGGCAAAGGUUUGUCAGCAAGGAAUCAUUCUAAUAUCAUGUUGGAGAAGGGGUGUCGAAACUCGGCUACCUGGAGGAUAAAAUAUCACGCAAGUAUGUUCCACGAAUCAAUGAAGUCCAAACAUAUUUGGCUUAUGCGAGUGGCCUCUAUCUGGAAUAGAUUUAUUGUAAUUGGUAGGAUUUGAAUGAGUAACCUCUACUCCCUGAGCUGGAAAAUCCUCCAUGGCUCCAAUCAGUAAUUGCACCAGCUGUGGGGGUUUCAACUUUUACUUUUAAUAUGCUGCAUGACUAAAUAAUUUUCAAGUUGAAUGAAGGGAGUAAUAUUUCAAGUUGA